AUUAUAUAUUAAUUGAAAGAAAAAUAUUUUUAAGGAUGAUACAACAACUUCAGUCAGAUUUUGAAAGAACUAUAGAAGGUUCAGGAUCUGCACAAAUCAAUACAAUGGAGCUUAGUGGAGGUGCAAAAAUAAAUAGAAUAUUCCAUGAACGUUUUCCAUUUGAAAUUGUCAAAAUGGAAUUUGAUGAGAAAGAAUUAAGAAGAGAAAUUGCUUUUGCUAUCAGAAAUAUUCAUGGUAUCAGAGUAGGUUUAUUUACUCCCGAUAUGGCCUUUGAGGCAAUAGUCAAGAAACAAAUCAAUAGACUCAAAGAACCUAGUUUAAAAUGCGUGGAUUUAGUUGUACAGGAACUUAGUAAUGUUGUACGCAUUUGUACUGAUAGGAUGUCACGUUAUCCCAGAUUGAGAGAAGAAACGGAACGUAUUAUAACUACUCAUAUUAGACAACGAGAACAGUUGUGUAAGGAACAAUUGAUACUCUUGGUCGACUGUGAACUAGCAUAUAUGAACACAAAUCAUGAAGAUUUUAUUGGUUUUGCCAACGCGGCAGCCAGUAGCCAUAAUGCAAGUGCACAACAAUCUUCAGAAAAUGCUGUUAAAUCUGGUCGUCAUACAUUAGGCAAUCAAGUAAUACGUAAAGGAUACAUGUGUAUCCAUAAUCUUGGUAUAAUGAAAGGUGGCUCAAGAGAUUAUUGGUUCGUUUUAACGUCGGAGAGUAUUUCAUGGUUUAAAGAUGAAGAAGAACGUGAGAAGAAAUAUAUGCUACCUUUAGAUGGAUUGAAAUUGCGCGAUUUGGAACAAGGAUUUAUGUCUCGGCGGCAUUUGUUUGCUUUAUUCAAUCCAGAAGGCAGAAAUGUUUAUAAAGAUUACAAACAGCUAGAAUUGAGUUGUGAAACUCAAGAUGACGUUGAUUCAUGGAAAGCUUCUUUUCUCAGAGCUGGUGUAUAUCCUGAAAAAUCAACAGAACAAGCAAAUGGUGAAGGAGAGGAAGGAUAUGAGGGUGGGUCAGAAGCUCAAUCAUCCAUGGAUCCUCAACUCGAACGUCAAGUGGAGACUAUUAGAAAUUUGGUAGAUUCAUAUAUGAAAAUUGUUACAAAAACAACUCGUGAUUUGGUUCCAAAGACAAUUAUGCUUUUGAUUAUUAACAAUGCAAAAGAUUUCAUUAAUGCAGAACUAUUGGCACAUCUAUAUGCAAGUGGUGAUCAGGCUUCCAUGAUGGAAGAAUCGCCCGAAGAAGCACAAAAAAGAGAAGAAAUGUUACGCAUGUAUCAUGCGUGUAAAGAAGCACUUCGUAUUAUUGGAGAUGUUUCGAUGGCAACAGUGUCUACUCCAGUCCCACCACCUGUGAAAAAUGAUUGGUUAGCAUCCGGCGAAAAUCCAAGUCUUGGGUUAUCACCACCAUCUCCUGGUGGACCAAGACGUGGAGUGACACAGCCACCCCCUCUUUCUAGUUCUCGAGCUCCACCUCCAGUUCCUACGGGUGGCCGACCAGCGCCGGCUAUUCCAAAUCGACCUGGACCUGGUGGACCUCCGCCAGCCCGUGCUACACCUGGCCUACCUCCUCCUCUUAUACCAUCGCGCCGACAAUAAGUCUUCGCACUAACUCGCCUAUUCGCUAUUAAUUAUAUAUAUUUAUAUAUAUAUAUACAUAUAUAUAUAUAUAUAUCGAUUGCAUCUAGUCGGUGUAUAUUUUACACGAGAUACAAUUUCCUAAUGCUAUAUGUUUUGUUUGCAAAUAUUAAAUAUUAUUAUCGUCAAUUAGAGGUGUGUAAUAUAAACAGUUAUACAAAACAUUAAGCGAAACAUUUAUGAAUAUAUCUAUAUUAGUUAGGGAUUAAAAAGAGAUGCUUCCAAAAAUUUGCGAGUAAAUUUUAUCUUCUAUUGUUAUUGCGUUAUAUCAAAUAUCAAUAAUCUAUCCAAUUAUUUCGCGGUCCAAUUAUUUCGUAAGAAGAAGACCAAGAGAUUCAUAUUGUCCAUAUUUUUUUUUUUUUUAUCAUUUUUUCAUUUUAUUUCCAAGCAAUGUUGCGAAAUAUCGCACACUGUUGUUUUCAGAAUCAUUCUAAAUAAAUCUGUAAACAAUAUCGAUGUAACGAGUUUACACACCUCUAAUUAAGAAUUUAAAUGUCUACGAUACGAUUAUUAAUCGGUAUUAGUGAGAAAAGGAAAUAAUACCUAAUAGAAAUCAUGGUUCAUUCGCGGCGUGUGAAAAUAAAAAAAGAAAAAUAAUAGUAAUAAUAAAAAAAAUAGAUAAAACAACGUUUGUUUCACUGUAAAUUAGUUCAAUGGAAUUGUACAUGAUGCCUGUAUAUACAAUUAAGAAAGAAUGUUGUAAAAUAAAUGGUUUUGAGUUUUUAUCGCAGGUGGUGGAUAAGUAUUCAUUCGUUUACUAACAGCAUGACAUUUUCAAUUACGAAUUGGCCGCACUAAUCGAAUACACUUGCAAUUAUCAUUCGCAAUAUUUUCGAUCGGUGUAGAAAAAGAAAAAAA